AGAUAAAGAAAAAGAAUAGAAAGACCUAAACCCACAAAGUUGGACCCACUUCCCUAAAUUGGUUGCCAGACCAGCUUUCCCUAUAUCUUUCAGGCAAACCCACCUACAAAAACCCCUCUCCCCCACCCCUUCCUUGGCAUCACAAUCUUGCUUUCCAACGCCCCUCUUUCUCUCAGGCAUUUUCACAAACACUUUCUUAAAGAAACGUUUUCUUUUUUAACUAAUAUGGCCAGACCGCAACAGCGAUAUCGAGGGGUUCGACAAAGGCAUUGGGGAUCAUGGGUGUCUGAGAUUCGCCACCCUCUAUUGAAGACUAGAAUUUGGCUAGGCACAUUUGAAACUGCAGAGGAUGCAGCAAGAGCCUAUGAUGAAGCUGCAAGGCUUAUGUGUGGACCAAGGGCAAGGACCAACUUCCCUUAUAACCCAAAUGCAUCGCAGUCAGCUUCGUCGAAACUUCUUUCAGCAACUUUGACGGCAAAGUUGCAUAGGUGCUAUAUGGCCUCAUUGCAAGUGACUAAACAAACAUCACUUCAAGAACAAAAACAACAGCAACAAAAGGCACCAAGUUCACUAGUCAACACCCCCACCAAUAGCAUUGUCAUAAAGAGUGAGGAACUUGAUGCUUUGCAGCCAGAGAAAAGUCCAUUGCAAGUUCAAGAGGCAGAGGCAAACUGGGUGUACAAGAAAGUUCAAGUUGACAACAACCAGCAGUUCAUCAAGCCUCUUGAAGAUCACCACAUUGAGCAAAUGAUUGAAGAAUUGCUUGAUUAUGGGUCUAUUGAGUUAUGUUCUGGGGUGGCAACUCAGUAACCUGCAAGCCGAAGGGGCCACGCCACAAACACCCUGAUUAAUCUAGUCCUCCUCUGCCAAAGCAAUGGCAUUGACUAGCUAAUUUUAACCAAUUUUUAUAGCUUCUUCAAGUGUUUAGUCUUUUACACCCUCUAAGCUCCUUAGAAGUGUCCCCUUAGGGACUCCAUUUGAUGAUGCUUAAUUAGUAGUAGUGUACAGUAGAUUAUGCCAUAAUGUUUGAUGCUGUCGUAUGCAUUAUGUCUUCAGUGGAAGAUUUGUAGGAAUCUUGCUGCUGCUUCUUGAAGGAUUCCAAAUCUUCAUUUAUAAUGCAAAUGGAACAAUUUUAGAAACAA